AUGUCAUCUUCCGAAACAGUCUUCGACACUGCUUACGAAAACUCCCUUCCGUCCAACUUUAUCUGGGGCUAUGCAACGGCUGCCCCUCAGAUCGAAGGGGCAUGGAACGUUGACGGCAAGGGUCCUUCGAUCUGGGACACCUUUAGUCGAGUACCGGGCAAAAUUCGAGACGGAAGCACAGCAUCUGAUGGCUGUGGUGCGUACAAACUGUGGAAGGAAGACGUGGCGAGACUGAACGAAUACGGCGCCCGCGCAUACCGAUUCUCUAUAGCCUGGUCCAGACUCAUCCCUCUCGGUGGCAAAGAUGACCCCAUCAACGAGGAGGGGAUGCAGUUCUAUAAUGAUCUCAUCGAUGAGCUGCUGGGACAUGGUAUCCAGCCAUGGGUUACGCUGUACCACUGGGACCUUCCGCAGGGCCUACUCGAUCGAUAUGGCGGCAUUUUGGAUCAAAAGAGAUACACCGAAGACUUUGUUCACUAUGCUGGCCUCUGUUUCGAGAGGUUUGGUGACCGAGUCAAGAAUUGGAUCACCUACAAUGAGCCUGGGCUGACGGCUCGUGCUGGGUACGCCCAAGGGCGGUAUGCCCCAGGACACACGAGUGUUACUGAACCAUAUAUCGUCGGGCAUACUCAACUGGUCUCCCAUGGCCACGUCUGCGCUCUAUACAAGAACAAGUUCAAGCCAACACAGGGAGGCAUAAUAGCGAUCACCUUGGACGCGGCUGAGCGAGCCAAGGAGUUCGAGAUUGGCUGGUUUGCCGAUCCCAUUUAUGGUAAGGGGGAGUGCGACUACCCAGCCUCCAUGCGCGCGCAGCUCGGCGACCGGCUUCCACAGUUUACGGCCGAGGAAAAGGCCCUGAUCAGGGGUAGCUCAGAAGUCUACGGCAUGAACUCUUACACUACCUUCUUCGUUCGGCAUCGAGAUGGGCCACCACAGGAGUCAGACUACCGAGGCAAUGUCGAGGUUCUCGAUGAGAACAGCGCUAAGAAGCCGCGUGGGCUCGAGACAGACACCCACUGGUUGCGAAUGUGUCCGUGGGGCUGGGCGAAGUUGCUACGCUGGAUCUGGAACCGAUACAAGACCCCUAUCUGUAUCACCGAGAACGGGACGACUGUGAAGGGGGAGCAUGGGCGCUCAGGUCCAUCUCAGCCUGGAGAGAUACUUGAGGACCCCUUCAGAGUUGCCUUCUUCAAGGCAUAUAUAGACGAGGUUGUAAAGGCUCGUCAAGAUGGAGUUGUCAUCAAAUCUUACUUUGCUUGGAGCUUCAUUGAUAACUGGGAAUGGGCACUCGGGUAUACCUCUCGGUUUGGCGUUACAUAG